AUGUUUGACGGUGCCUGCUUAAGUAUAUAUACUCCAAACGAAAACCCCAAGUUCCCCACAACUCAUGGGGCCUACGGCACCGUUACGCCGAUCGAUGCUUCCUCCAAUCCGCGCGUCGCCGAUGUACUCGGUUCUCCAAACCUCUGCUUAAGGGCCUGGCCUCCGCGCAUUGCUGCACCCCUCAUUCUCCGCCGUGUCGUCCUCCCCAAGCUGGCACCACCACUUCCUAAUGAGGCCUACUACAUAACCAAAGAACUGUGCGAUCUCGAACAACUAGUGUCGUUCAUAUAA